AUGCAGUGCCCCAUUUUCUCCUUCGACCAAGUAAUCGUACGUCCACACGUUCCUAACUCCUCAAUCAUGUCUGCUGAGGUCGUCAGUAGCACCGCGGGUCUGUCCCAGUCAAACCAGACAUGGAAUCCGAGCCCUUCACAGUUGCAAAAUGUCAUUCCUGCAUUCCUUACCGGCUGGUCAACAUGGCAAUACAUCGUGACAAUUCUGUUAGGAGCGGUGGUAUAUGACCAAGUCAUGUACCUUAAGCGAAAAGGUUCCAUUGCCGGCCCAACUUUCAAGAUUCCCAUCAUGGGCCCAUUCCUCCAGGCAAUCUACCCAAAAUUUGAAGCCUAUCUUGCUCAGUGGGCGAGUGGACCACUAAGCUGUGUAUCUGUUUUCCACAAGUUUGUUGUCCUCGCCUCUGAUCGAGACCUUGCCCACAAAGUCUUUAAAUCGCCCAAAUACGCCGAACCAUGCUUGGUUCCUGUCGCAAAAGACAUAAUCGGCCACAAAGCAUGGGUCUUCCUUCAGGGAAAAGACCAUGCGGAAUACCGCCGAGGGUUGGCUCCUUUAUUCACCAACAAGGCACUGGCUACCUAUCUCCCGAUCCAAGAAAAGGUUCUGGCAGAUUACUUUGAGAAGUUUGUGGCUGCCAGCCAAGCCAAUGGCGGGAAGCCGUUGGAAUUCAUGGCACUGUUCCGCGAAAUCAACUGCGCCAUUUCGUGCCGCACCUUCUUCGGCGACUAUAUUUCCCAAGACGCCGUUAAGAAGAUUGCAGACGACUUCUACCUUGUCACUGCUGCUCUUGAAUUGGUCAACAUACCCUUGUCGAUGUAUGUUCCGUUUACCAAGGUGUGGUGGGGAAAGCGAGUAGCCGAUGCCGUCCACGUUGAGUUUGCAAAGUCCGCCGCUGCUUGCAAGGCGAACAUGGCAACUGGCGCAGAGCCCACUUGCAUUGUGGACCACUGGGUACUGCACAUGAUGGAAUCCAAAAGAUAUCGCGAGAGGCUUGCAGCGGGAGAAGCGAACGUGGAGAAGCCGCCCAACGUCAUUCGCGAGUUUACAAACGAAGAGAUCGGAGAGACACUCUUUACCUUCCUGUUUGCCUCCCAGGAUGCUUCUAGCAGCGCUACGACUUGGAUGUUCCAGAUCCUCGCUCAGCGACCUGAUGUUCUGGACCGCUUGAGAGAGGAGAACCUGGCCGCGCGAGGCGGCGACAGGAACAAGCCAUUUGAUCUUCCUAUGUUGGAAUCUCUGACCUAUACCAAUGCAGUCAUCAAGGAGCUUUUGCGUCAUAGGCCACCCGUCAUCUUUGUCCCAUACCUCGCAACCAAGGAUUUUGCAGUCACCCCCAACUACACCGUACCCAAGGGCUCCAUGAUUAUCCCUUCAUGCUACCCAGCCCUUCAUGACCCGGAGGUUUACCCGCACCCAGACGUCUUCGACCCUGACCGUUGGAUUACUGGGGAUGCUGAAUCGAAAACCAAGAACUGGCUUGUCUUCGGAUCAGGUGCCCACGACUGUCUCGCUAGGAGGUAUGUCCCAUUGUCUAUGGCGGGAAUGAUUGGUAAAGCGGCACUUGAGAUUGAUUGGGAGCAUCACGCUACGGAGAGGUCCGAAGAGAUUAGGGUUUUUGCCACACUCUUCCCUAUGGAUGAAUGCCCGUUGGUAUUUAGGAAACGCCCUUGA